AUGGUAAACGGCAACUACGUGUUAUACGGAGACAGACCUACCUCUGAGUCAGAGAUAGUAGAUGACCACGUGCACUCGAAUCACGAGCGUAAAGUUAAACGUAAAAAUAAUAGAUCAGCUAAUGAGCUACAGCAUUCAUUGAACCAGGCUCAGUUGGACAAUGACACUGACUCAGUCAAAUACCAAAAGACAAUAAAAGAACCUAGAUUACUGCGCUACGUGCCGACAACAGAUGUUGAAGAAAACUUUGUGUCUGAAAAAUUCGAAACUUACGAUUUGAAGCCUACUGAAGAGCGCCCGAGGCGUUACGCAUUCACGAAGAAACCUAAGAACCCAACGGACGGUUCGGUCAACUACGCGUAUUCGGUUUACUCACGUUCGAGCAGCAACUGUAGUUCACCAAACGCGAACUUGCCAACUAUAUCGGAACACGGAGAGCAGUACGGGACGUACCGCGUGCAAACUAUGCCUGGACCAGCAAUCAACGACCUCGGUUACGACACCAAGCUCGACAAGUAUUUUACCAAACCGAGGGAGAUCAAACCCUUUGCUGCAAAGGUAGGGUACAUUGGAUCUCACCCGGACAGCCUGUACCGCGUGUCGGGAGACGGCGGCUCAGGUGCAAACAAGUUAAUACAAGUAAUUCGAGCUCUUCGAUGGCCUAUGGCACUCAUCGCGAUUUGCAUCGCCCUAGCCGUUUUUGUAUACUUUCUUAUGCCUGAUAACACGGAUUCGGGUUCAGCCGGGAAUUCGACUUAUUGGGAACCGGUUUCAGCUGGAAUAGGACUCCGUAAGGAAUAUGGUUCUGACACUCAAAACCCUGAAAGCAACGAUGGAACUAACAACCUAGGUACCAAAACUUCUGAAAUAGAUUUCUACAAUCCUGAGAACAAUAUAAACGCUGACCUGCCUGUCAGGACCGAUUUUAUAUCAGAAACUAAUCUGAAAAGACACCUGCCUAUAUCUCCUGUAUUUCCUACUCACCUUACACCGGAAGUUCAAUAUGGCAACGAGAAAGCUGAUUCAGAAAAACGAACUGCUAAAGCAUUAGAUGAUCUUACUCUCGACGAUUCAACAUUAAAACCACAUAUUACUCAGAAGCCUGAAAAACCUUUAGCAAUAUACUUCAAAGAGAACGACGAUGUUACCAGCGCAACAACAGAGACUAUCAGUAGAAAGGAAACCACGAUUAAAUAUUUCAACUAUGACCAAAACCAAGCAAACAAAAACGUUGAAGAAUACUCGGAAAAUACAGAUCCCUCUAUUUAUCAAGGAUAUAUCGCAUCUGAGCCUAAAGACUUAAUACCUGUAACAGAACAGGAUAUCUACAGAAAUGAUGAAACCAAUCCCGAAUCGGAGUAUUCUGCUAAAGAGCGAAAUAUUUUGAAUCGUCCUCUUCCAGGAAUUGAUGUAAGCUUUACUUCAGGUCAUUCUAAGCUUUUCGGUAUUUCUAUAGAAGAUGCUGAAAAAAUGCAAUCUACUACACAAAGCGCUUUAUAUAAUACACGAGUGUCUCCUACACUCCCGACUUGGCGUGAAAAAGAUGACGCAACUACAAAGUAUUAUCCGACUAAUAUCUAUUCGGAUGUUCAAUGCCGCUCAACUCGUAUGGCGCUGUGUCGAGGAGUGCUACCUUACGACUUAGCAGGUGCUGCAGCGAAAGUGGGUGACGUAGACAUCACAUCGCUGAUCCCGCAGAUCGAUUAUCUCAUCGCUACCAACUGCAGUGAUCGCGUCACACAUUUUGUUUGCGCCUUGCUCGAGCCUGAAUGUAACCCCCCUCCAUACACACCAAAAAAACCAUGUUACAACCUCUGUAAAGCUAUCGUGGACAAUUGCGAUGGUCACAUUCCUCGGGAGCUGACAGCGGCGUUUCAAUGCAAGCAGUACUCUCACGAAAAUUGCGUAGCGGCGAGGAAUCCCUGCUAUACUCGAGAAUUCAUGUGUGGUGAUGGAUCGUGCAUACCGCGGGAUUGGAUUUGCGAUGGUAGAAACGAUUGCUCGGUCGGGGAAGAUGAAGCAAAAUGUGCACAAUGUGAUCCAACCGAUUUCAAGUGUCCAUCUGGCGGGUGCAUCAUGCAUAGGUGGCUAUGUGACGGUUACGCUGAUUGUCCGGAGGGUGAGGAUGAGAGUGAUUCUAUAUGUGGAGCUAGCCACGUACGCGUACCUUCGGACAGACAAGGUGAGCCAGGUGAGGAGUCUGCUGGCUCUGCACCCGCACCGGCCGUCAAGCGUCCAAACAGACUGCCCAACGGUCAUCGCAGGCGCAUUGAUCGUUUACGUGGAGAAAUGGAUAGCAGUAAGGAACUACUCGUCACUAGUGACAGCAAUAAUGUUGCUGCUUCGACAAGGAGUGUUACGCCGUCGCCAUCUCGAUUAACACCUUAUAAUCACUCUUAUAUUCCCGUCGAAACUACUCCAAAAGAACGAAAACAAAAGCAAAUGGAAUCUUUGACUUUAGAAGCGCGUAAUAGUCCUAAAUCUCCACCAAAAAAUAUAAUAGACCAUGAAUCAGUUGAAGACGUUAAUAUGGGAGAUUUGGGAUUUUUUGAAGAGUUCGAAAAAGAAGGAAAAUCUGGAAAAGAUAACCAAAAUAUGCCUACACAUGCCAAACCUCUGCAUGUGGUGCCACCACCUAACCCAAGAAUGAUAAAACAACGACCUCCAGUUGAACCUGCAACCGAAGCGCCGGACGUACCAGUAAAUCGCCUAACUGAAGAGACCAGUAACUUUCAAAAAGUUAUCGAUGGAGCUGCGCUUCUGAGGAAAGCUAGUGCAGCUGAAGCUGCUGAGGCUGCUGCUGCGGAUAGAGAAGAAGCUCUUGAAUCCAACAAUACGAACAUUGACAAUGAAGACUUCUCCGGUGGUGAUUACGCAUCUGGAAAACAAGGGUGGGGCCGUGCACAUACAUCUCCUUGCCCCAGCGGAGAGUUGCGGUGUGUGGACGGUCUGUGUAUCACCCUCGCACAACUCUGCGACGGCACUAUUGACUGUAGCGAUCAUGCAGAUGAAGAUAACUGCUAUACGUGA